AUGGCUGAUACAACUUUCAAGCGUCUUGUGCGAUUUGUCCCCAAGUCAGACUCGGCGAGCAUCCUGAUCGGCGAACCGUCACAAGAAGAUCUAGAUAUCGGUGUCGCCACGCGCGAUGGGAAAGAUGUCACUGUUAACGUAUUCACGGGAUCCUCCGUUCUGUCUCCUGGUACCCGAACCGAGAGAACCGAAUCUAUUGAGAGGAUCUUGUCGCCUUUGGCACAGGAGGAAGUCGGAACUAUUCGCUGCAUUGGCCUAAACUACGUCCAACACGCAAAUGAGGUCAAAAUGGACAUCCCAAAGAUACCAACUCUCUUCCUCAAGCCUAGCACCGCGUUGGGUGACCCUUGGCCUGCUCCCACUUUUCUUCCCAAGAUAACACAAAAUGACGGAAGUGGUGAUUAUGAAUCGGAGCUGGCAAUAGUUAUCGGCAAAGCUGCUAAGAAUGUCUUCGAGGAGAACGCCAUGGACUAUGUCUUGGGCUAUACUGCCGCCAACGAUGUCUCGAGUCGUGUGUCACAGCUGAAUCAGUCUCAGUGGUGCUUCUCCAAGGGAUUUGAUGGAGCAUGCCCUAUUGGGCCUGUUAUUGUCUCAACUUCGGCUGUUCCUGAUCCUUCGAAGCUGCACAUUCGUGGCCUGAAGAACGGAAAGGUACUCCAAGAUUGUUCGCUGGACGAUCUCAUCUUUAGCAUCCCCAAGCUAGUCAGUUUCUUAUCACAAGGAACCACACUUCCAGCUGGCACAGUAAUCAUCACGGGCACACCAGCUGGAGUAGGAAUGGGAAAGAGCCCCAAAGAGAAUUUGCAACAUGGUGAUGAAUUCAGAGUUGAGAUUCUGCCUCACAUCGGAACGCUUGUCAGCAAGUUUGAGAACGAAUAG